CCAGACAGAAAAUACACAUUUCCAAUCAUUUGUGCUGAAUUUACAGACUUUCCUCAUGAGCAUUAAAACAAAUGGUUCAUUUGUAUAUUCGUCUAGUAUAUAGAGAUAAUGAUUAACUGACAAUGACGAGAUUUCAUCCUUACCAUGGACAGAACAUUCGCCUUCUCCAUGACAACAUGGUGGCAUACAGGGAAACCAGCUUUGCUCAUGCACUGACGUUUAGUGAGAAGCCACUCAGGCCAGGUGAAAUAUUUCUCGUCGAGAUAGAGAAAAAUGAACGGGGAUGGAGUGGACAUAUGAGGAUAGGUCUGACUCAAUUUAAUCCGGCCGAUCAGUUUGAGCUACCGCAGUAUGCACUCCCGGACCUGCAUAACAUGGGAAAAUCAUGGAUAUUUGCUGUGACUAAAUCUCACAAUAAAGUGAUGCUGAAUGAGGAGGAUGAUAGUGAUAAUGGGGACGAACCUUACCAAUCAGUCGUAGGUGAUACGGACAUCGUGCAGACUCCUCAGGGGUCAUUCAGUAGGAGCUUGUUAUUACCGUUAGGAAAACUUUUUCCAUCAACUAAAAGUGGAAAUAAUUCAUAUCAUGUGCCCAAAAAGAAUGUGUUACCAACUGAUGUAGGCAGUAGGAUUGGGAUUAUGUAUAAAGUGAAUGGUGACACUGCAGAAAUGAGGUUCAUCAUUAACGGGGAGGACCAGGGGCCUUGUGCCCGCUACAUUCCUUACCAAGGGGGGAACUUACAUGCUGUAGUAGAUGUGUAUGGUACAACUAAACAAGUACGAAUUAUCCAGCUGUAUGGAGUGUCCACUCUUCAGAAUGCUUGCAGGGACAGGAUACUACAACUAACUAGUGAAGAAGACCUAAAUAAGUUGCCAUUGCCGAAAAAACUCAAGCAGUUCUUGAGAUAUGAGUUAUAAAUUGACUUCAUGACUCGUUUUACUUGUUUAAAUUUGAGUUGAUUAUGUAAUGUUUUAUUGUUAUAAUCAUGUUAAAAUUGUUCAUAAUAUACUGUGAUGAUUUCUUGAUUUCAAAAAAAAAUUACCGUUGACUACUUUCAUAGGGCACCAAAUUUCUGUUUAUAUGUUUAGAUUGUAGAUUGUUAUUGAAAAAACUUUCUCUUGAUAAUUGCUUAUGAAAAUGACAUAUUGAUUUCAUUAUGAAUUAUGAGCCAUUCCAUUUGAAAAAAAAUGGCAAUAGGUGGAAAGGGAAGUAAAAUUGGUAGACAUAUUUUUGCCUCAGAAAUGUAAGACUAGGAGGGUUUCUUUAUUUUCAGACUGUGUCUCCACUAAUCACUAAUUAAAUCUCUGGCUGUCAGGCUGCUUAAAAUUAAUAGUUAUAUAGAGGGUUAUUUCGCCCCCAUGUUAUUUUCGCCCUUUCACACUACCAGACAAUUUUGCCCCGUUUUAAUUUGGCCCACUCACAGAUUUGUACAAAAAAUUAUACUUUUUUUAAUUGAAUUGGCUCCGUAUUAAAUUCGCCCACUUGUGUCUAUGGCGAAAGGGGCGAAAAUAAAACGGGCGAAAAUUUCCCUGUAUACAGUAUUUCUAAAUCUUAUUCUUAUUUCUGCCUGAGAAUAAAAAAUAAUUUUCACUCACCUGCAAAUUAGAUUUAUUAAUAGUUGCUCAAAAUUUAGAUCAAGACUUCAUGUCAAGAUGGUCAUCAUGCAGUAAGAUACAUGUAAAUGUAGAAGAAGAAUUUGCAACCUUACAACAUUGAAGAAGAAUUUGCAACCUUAAAACAUUUAAUUUAAUGAUUUUUUUUAUGAAGAGAGGUAUCUGUAAGGUAGUACAUGUAAUUUAUAGGGAUAUAAAUUAAGUAUCCUAUAAAAAGAGGCAGGCUUCUUCAAACAUGCAUUGGAAUAGAUAAUUGAUAGAGAAAUAAAUAGUUUCAAAUUGUGAUUUUUUUUUUUCUGAAGAUGGAAUUAUGUUCAGGCAUUGGGGGAAAAUGUUUUACUUGGUAUUGUUUGAUUUAGACAAUGUGUAAAAGUUUCAUUUUUGAAAGGAGUAGUUUCUUAAUCAUGUUAAUUUUACCAUUUCUGUUACUAAUAGCAGUGUAGGACUUAAAUGUCAAAGCCUUUUUUAAUCACUUAUAUUUGCCUAGAAUUUAUAAACAUUGGAGUCAAAGGAUGCACUUCGCAUUUCAUUUAAAAGUGUUUAUGAAGAUUGUAAUUUUUCUUUUUUUUAAUAUAUAUAGGGAAGCAUAAUAAUUCUCAUUACAAAGCAGUUCACUUUACUUUUAGAUAUUUCUCCUGCAUCUCUCGUGUUGCAUUUUAAUUUUUUCCGAAGGCAAAGAAUGUGCUAUCAAUAACAAGGGUAAGAUGCUAAAUAUUUUGCAAAAGUGUGUUAUGGUCAAUGGUCACAGUUUUUUUUAUUGAACUUUUGUUUUUAUAAAAGAAGACAUUUAUAUGAGCAUUUAGUUAUUUUGAAGAAAAAAAAAUUACACUGCAAAAAACAUUCAGCAAAUUGCAUCUGACAUUGUAUAACGGUGAACAUUUUAAAAUGAAACUGACAGCACAUUUAGUUUUUGCUGAUGUGCUGGAAGCGAUGGUUGUGCCAUGUCAAAAUCAUGUCCUCGUGUGAAAGUUUGCAUUAUGCUGCAUAUAUGUAUUACAGUGUAUUAAGGUGAGCUGGUCACUCAGCAAAGAGAGGUAACUCUUAAAUAGAUAAGUCACUAGGUUUCCUUUAUACAUUUUUCAUUGUCAGUAAUGAUUUUUGUCUAAAUUUUACACCAUACGGUCAAACUAAAUUUGCUUGAUAACAUUUUUAUCACCAUUUUUGAAGAAAUAAGUCAUUAUUCUUCAAGAAUCUAGAUAUAUAUUUGUACAGUUUCUUGGAUAAUUCAGUGUAUAUUUUAUUCUGCUUUUAAAAAAAAUGUAGAGUCAUGAUUAAUUAUUGACAAGUGCUAUAUUGUAAUGAUCAACAUAUCAUUCUCUCCUCUUGAAGUGAUAGUUAAUUAAUACAUAUGAACAGAACAAAAAUCAUUUUUUAAAAAUGUAGAUGCACAAAAAUUUUAUUUAUUAUAAAUAAAUGAAUGAAAAAAAAAUUCACUAAAAAGCAAUGCACAUAUGCAUUAAAAAUGUGUCCUACAGAAAAGAAGGUUAAUUUCACUUGAACACAUCUCUGUGAUGAUUGUGUUUAAGAUGAUCCAUUCUUAUUUAAUGAAAAUUUGAUAGCUUUGUACAUGACAAUAGUAGAAUUUGUUAUUUAAGACCUGGAAGGUGGUAAGGGAAGGGGGGAGCUAGAGUACGAUCAACAUUUAUUUUUUCUUAAAGAAAAGCAAACUAGUAGCAGUUUUGCAGAUUUUUUUUUGAGGGGAAGGGGGGGGGGGAGUAAUUAAUGCAUGCUGUUAAUUAACUUUUGAGAGAUCAAUAACAUGUAUAGGUAAUGUUUGUUGAAAUAAAUGU